CCUUGAAAGGAUUACCUUUCUCCUUCGCCUCAGCCAUGGAGACGCUUUUACACAGAACGGCAACUUUUCCAACACCAAAACAUAGAGUGUUUUCCCACAGUAUCCAAAAUAAAAGCUUGUUUAUUGCAAGUGGUAGUCACUCUUUUUCUGCAAGGCUAUUAUUUCUUUCACUGGGACUGAGAAAAUCGGUGAUAGUUGAAGCCAAAAAGAGCAACAAAAACAAUAAUAACAAGAAGAAUAAACAAGACACUCAUAGCUUUGUAGCCAAACCAGAUGAAGCCAUUGGGCCUUUCCCUGAAGCUAUUUUGCUUAAAGAGAAGAAAGCGCAGGAGGAUGGUAGAGUUCUGCCUGAGUUUGCUGAUGCUGAAGAAGAGAAGCUCUUUGAAUUUUUGAACCUUGAGCUGCAGAGUGAAUUGAAAGUGGAGCGAUUGCGCCAUUAUGAAGUGGUUUAUCUAAUCCAUGAGAAGCAUGAUGAAGAGGUUGGCAGUGUGAAUGAGAAAGUUCAAGAUUUUGUGAGGGAGAAGAAAGGCAGGAUAUGGAGAUUCAAUGAUUGGGGCAUGCGAAGGUUAGCAUACAAAAUACAGAAAGCUAAAAAUGCUCACUACAUCUUGAUGAACUUUGAGUUGGAAGCCAGAUGGAUCAAUGACUUUAAGAACAUGUUAGACAGAGAUGAAAGAGUCAUCCGGCACCUCGUGAUAAAGAGGGAUGAAGCAAUCACAGAGGAUUGCCCACCUCCACCUGAGUUCCACACUUUGCAAGGAGGUAUGGAUAACAAUGAUGAAGAGGAUGGAUUAGAUUAUGAUGAUGACGAAGCAUAUGAUGAGGAUUUGGAAGUUGAGGCGGAGGUGGUCUAUGGUGAUGAAGCGGAAGGUAGUGUUAGUGUUAUUUCUUUGCACGGGUACAAAGAAGAUGACGAUGGAAAUAAUGAGGUUAGACAUAGUAAAUUCGCUAGUGCAAGUAACACAAGGAAAAAAGCGGAUACCUGAGAAAGGUGGCGGCUAGUUUAUUUUACCUUUGAUUUUCAGGUUAUGAAACAUUUAGAACAGUUUAACGUGCUUUUUACUCUAUGAUUUUUGUGAGCCAAUUAAGCGAAAGCAAUCCAUUUCUUAAUGAAUGUAUGGAUCCACUUUAUUGCUUUGCAUAAUCAAAUCAUGAUGAUCUAUGAUGGUGCCA